AUGUCGGUAACAAGUAAGACUGGUCUGUUGCCAAGUUCAAAAAAAGUUUCUCAGAAACAUUACUGUGUAAGAAAAAAAACAUUCGAACUGCCUCUGCUUGCCGUACCUGUUUCAUUUGCUCUCAGGCCAUUUGCUGGAAUAUAUAAUCCUUUUCCAUACGGUUGCUCUAUUUUAUGUAAUCAUCCAACAGAUUUCGAAGCCAAAGCCAUUGUUCAAAAAGCUAAAGAUGCAUGGGCAACAGAAGGAAAAUCGUUGAUAGAUUUAGAAGAAAAAGAUGCAUUGAAAUCACAAAGAAAAGAAUUAAUUUCAUCGGAAUUUAGUAAAAGCAUUUACGAUGAAAAUGUUUUAAAAGAUUCUUCGUACAAUUUCGAAGAAACAAAUGAAAAAUGUUUAACUUCAACACCAAACAAUAAAAUUUCACCGAACGUUAAAAAUCGACGAUGUCUUACACCAGAUCCGACAUCUUUCAUUCCAACAAAAGAAAAAACACUUUUGGUGUUGGAUCUUAGACGAAGUCAUAGUCAGGAUACGGUUCAUUUGCAAAGAGAUUUAAGUUUUGAUAAUAAUAAUGAUACGGGUAACAUACCGGAUGAAAAUAUUUCCAGACCAGGUACACCCUCGAGCCAAAGUCCCGUACAAACAAAGAAGAAAAAAACGCCAAGAAAAAAAUCGAUUGUUUCCUCCACGACAGCUUCCAGUUUAAAAACUCAAAAUUCGAAAGGUUCCGAUUCGAAGGUUCAAGAUUCCGUAACUAGUUCAAGUCCCACUCGAAGCGUUUUAAUAACAGAAAAGGAAAAAAAACUAAGCAAAACUCAUAAUAAAAGUACGGAUAGCACAUCGAGCGAUGAUGUGAUAGUUAAAAGAAGAGGUAAAAAAAGAAAAGGAAAAAAAACAUUGAAAGAAAGAGGAAAAGAAGGUGAAAAAGAAUUCAAAGGAAUACCAGAUCCAAACGAAACUCAAGUAUCGGCAAUAGGUAGCGAUUCGAUGAAUAGCAGUUCGAGACAUUCAUUUUCGGGAGAUGAAAAAACAUCUGAAAAUAUCGUGGAAGAAAUAAUACCAACGAUAGUAAAAGAAGAUGUUGAAAUAGAUGAAAAUAAAAAAUCAUUUUUAUCAAAAGAUAUUUUAAAACAACUUCAAAGACAGUUAGAUCAAGAAGUUGUCGAUUCCGAACUUAAUUUUAACAGAAGAAAAGCUUUGGAAGAAGCUUUACAUCACAAAUCAAAGGUAAAAUAUAAUCAACAGGGAGAAGAAAUAAAACAACUCAAAAAAGAUUUUCAUUUAUCUAUAAAAAAUUCGGAAAAUUGGUUAUCCAUUCCAAGAGUUUUCACAAGACGUUGUGCCAGAUUUGAAUUGCCAAUGGAUAGUAGAUUAUUAAAUGACAUGACACCUUUGAAUUAUUUACAAAAUUAUUCGUUUCCAUCUCAAUCGAGACUUUUACUUUAUAAUCACGUAUUUAAUUUAUGUAAAGAAACAACAGAAGACGAACAAGAAGAAGAUAAUGAAAGAAUAUUAUUAGGAAAGGUAAAUUUAACUCGUUUGGAAAAAAUUAUGGGUAGGAGUAUGACGAAUGAAAUAAUAGAAAAUUUUCAAAAUUUAAUCGGUUGGAAAAACGAUGAAAAAUUAAAUUUUCGAACUUUUACCGGUAUUUGUGCCAUUUGCGAAAGGAUUUUAGGACCGAAAUAUUUUAAAAAUAUGCCAAAUCAAUCGAAAGAUCCGAGAUAUGAAAUCGAAAGAGCCGAUUUUGAAACUCUAGAAUAUAAAUUAAAACGAUUGAAAUUGGAUAAAAGAUUAGAAAAUAUAUUAAAAUCACUAAGAGAUUUGUAA